CUCUUCAGUCUCUCCUCAGGUGUCUGUGUUGCAGAAGGAUCCCUCUGUUGCAGAAGGAUCCCUCUUCUCCAAUCACGUGUCAUGUUACAGGUUUUUACCCCAGUGGAGUAACAAUCACCUGAAUGAAAAACAGACAGGAGCAUCAUGAGGAUGUGGAACUGGGUAAACUUCUUCCCAACGAGGAUGGAACCUUCCAGAAGACGAAAACACUCACAGUUACACCUGAUGAGUGGAAGAACCAGUACAGCUGUUUGGUAGAAUGGAGUGGACUCAUCCCGAUUCCAAAAGUCAUGGUGAACAGGCCAAAAAAUGGAAACUCUGAUCCAGUUGGCAUCAUUGUUGGUGUUGUUGUUGUGAUCCUGUUGGUUGUCAUCAGUGUCAUCGGGUAUUUUGUGUAUCAGAAGAAAAGGAGGACAGAGACAACUGUGGGAGAACAUGGGUUUUUAGUUAUUGGUAUUAAUUAUUCAACUUUUUUUGAAUGUGAUCGAAGUGAGUGACUGCAAAUUAGAGGGGAGGGAAUGGAACAGGACACACUGAAACCUGCGU